CAAAGAAUCCAAAGGAAAUAUUUGCUGCUGACAUACAGAAGGAUCUGCUGUUGUUGGAGGAGCAGGAAGGUUCGGUGAAUUUUAAGUUUGGCGUUGUCUACAUGAAGCCAGGACAAAAUUGUGAUGAUCAAAUGCUUAGCAAUCAGGAAGCCAGUCAGGACUUCGAGGAUUUUCUUGACGUACUUGGCGAACGUGUGCGGCUUAAAGGUUGGGAUCGCUUUCGCGGUGGCUUGGAUGUGAAAGGUGAUAUGACUGGCAAAUAUUCUGUUUAUACUAUGUACGAAGGACACGAAAUAAUGUUUCAUGUUUCAACACUUUUACCCUUUUCAAGGGAUAAUCGACAACAGGUGGAACGUAAACGUCAUAUUGGCAAUGACAUUGUCAAUAUUGUAUUUAUUGAUCAAAAUACUGUCAAUACAAACACGUUGGGUGCCACGCCACCUGAUAAAGUUUUGCCAACAAUGUUUGACCCCACUUGGAUUAAAAGCCAAUUUACACGUAUCCUUUUCCACUAA